UCUGGCCUCUUGAGGCAAAUGACUCAGGACAUCUGGAUUGUGCUCCAGCGAGCCCAACGACAGUCAUUUCCAGAGGACUACAAACUCCUUGCAGCUGGGAAACCUGUCUCACCUGGGAGUCGAUUACUCACCUUGGCUCCGGAGUUAGAUAGAUCCACGGAUCUCAUACGAGUAGGAGGUCGGUUACGACGUUUGGAAGGUCAAGAUGACUUGACAUUGCACCCUGUAGUUCUGGAUGCCUCACACCCAGUUACACGCUUACUUAUCCAAAGGUUUGAUAGCGACCUGCUCCAUCCUGGUCCGGAGCGGGUCUUUGCAGAGAUGCGGCGAUCGUUCUGGAUAAUCCAUGGAAGGGAGGCGAUUCGCAGACAUCAGCGUUCUUGUGCCGAAUGUCAGCGCUGGAGAGCUCAGCCUUCCAUUCCCCGAAUGGCGGACCUUCCCAUUGCUCGUCUCCGAUUACACAAACCCGCCUUCCAUUCCACUGGCGUGGAUUGUUUUGGACCCAUGUUUGUCAAGAUGGGCAGACGCCAGGAGAAACGCUGGGGAAUAAUAUUUAAGUGUUUAACAUCCAGGGCGGUACACUUGGAUCUCCUCAGAAAUAUGGAUGCGGAUGCUUACUUGAUGGCCCUAAGACGGUUCAUCGCCAGAAGGGGGACACCUGUAGAGUUGUGGUCAGACCAGGGGACCAACUUCAGAGGAGGAGAACGGGAACUUAGAGAGGCUUUUGCCAGUAUGGAGCCAACCUUGCGGAAACGACUCGCGUGUCAGAAGAUUAAGUUUCAGUUUAACCCCCCAGCAGCUCCACACUUUGGAGGAGUGUGGGAGAGAGAGGUACGCUCCGUCAAGUCUGCACUUUACACCUGUGUGGGGGCACAACCUGUUCAUGAAGAUGUCCUUCUCACCGUUCUCCUGGAAGUUGAGGCAAUCCUUAACUCUAAACCAUUGGGUUAUGUAUCUGCCGACAUUGCGGAUAUCGACCCUGUGACGCCAAAUAGUCUGCUUAUGGGGCGGCCUGAUGGAUCUCUACCCCAAGUGGUCUAUCCUGAGAGGGAGCUCCUGAGUCGCAGACGCUGGAGGCAUUCACAGGUUCUUGCUGACCAAUUCUGGUCCAGAUUCAUCAGAGAAUAUCUCCCUGGGCUGCAGACCAGACAGAAAUGGCACUCCGCUUCUCCUGAACUACUGGAUAAGGCUGUUGUCAUGCUGGUGGACCCACAGCUACCUCGAGCCCUGUGGCCCAUUGGACAUGUAACCAAGGUCCACCGCAGCGACGAUGGAUGCAUUAGAUCCGCUGAUGUGGACAUCAGAGGACAUGUGUACACACGACCGGUAGCUCGGUUGGUGAUGUUGCCAGCUCUCCCGUCGGGGGAGGAUGAUGCCUCGGUGAGCCCCCCUCAGCCGGACUGAUGAGCCUUUAAUGGAAGCAAAUGUGCUUGCACAUUUGGGGGCGGCUGUAUAAAAGGCUCUGACGUUUCUGGGUGCCUGCCGCUUUAAGACUCUUCUUCGGUGAUUACGGGGAGGAAGUGUGUAGUUAGUGUGGUUAUAGUGAGUUCGGGAAAGUGUUCAAGUUCAGCAGCAUAGUUCAGCCUACAUACAUGUGUUGUGUAGUUUUCUUUAUCUGUUCUGAACGAUCCAGCUUCCAAUAUUUAUGUGUUGAGUUCAUGACAAAAAACUAUAAUGACAAUGCAGGAUAUUGGAAUGUUCUGAUGAAAACUGCUGGAUCUCAAUACAGUUAAUUGAAGAAAUUACAUCUCCUCGUCUUCAUUCCUGUGUCCUGAUCGAUACACCAUCCUGUUUACUGGCUAAAACCCUUGACGAACUAGCCCUGCUAGAAUACCUCACUAACAACAUGUUUUUUUCCUUUAUA